AUGACCAAAACACAAAUCACACCACCUGAAGGCUGGACCAAUGACAGCUUUCACCUUGAAAAGGAUACCUACUGGGGAACCGGACAAAGUGGCCAGGUCAUGGUGCACAAACACGGAGUCCCAGCCGCGACACCGAUCAUGUGUAUGACUGGUGGAGAGCAAGAGGUUCUCUUCACUGCGGGGGCUACCUGUUACCUUUGGAGUCCCAUUCACGGAGAGAUCUGGAAGGUUGUUGAACCACAGGGGUCUGUUGAGACGGUCAUAGCGGAUAUUGCUAGAGGUGGGAUUCGGUCUCUGACUUGUUCUAAAAACCACCCCCAAGAGCGACCAACCGCCGCCGGUGGUCCCCAAUGGAUAUAUUUCAGCGGCACAAACAAGAAAGGCGUGGUGCGUGUCCACCCGGGAUCAAACCUCGACAAGUUCCUGGAAUUCCUCCCCAAUCGAUGCUUCUGUAUCCAAGAUGCCUCUUCUUCCCUAUCGAAAUUCCAUCAGUCCGAUCUUUGGUUGGAUUGGCUGAAAGAAGUUGGCCCAGGCGCAAAGGCUUUCGUCAAGCUCACCGGGACAGAGGACCGACAGAUUGAGAACUUUCAAUUCACAUUCAAUCUCCCGUGGGAAGGCAAGAAAUUUGUUCAUUUCAGCUCAUCACAAAGUGCACUGGGAUAUUCCUUCAGCGGCUCUACCGACAUUCAAAGCAGAAUUCCCCGUCCAGGGAUUGACACCGAAGGGAAGCUACUUUAUUGCGGACUGGAUGUCGCUAAGACGUCGGAAAGUAUCACCACAAAUGUCCGGGAGCUUUUCGAGUUCGUUGGUCAGUACCAACUAUCUGAUCAUCUGCAUCCAGUGAUCGCUGCCUUGUCAGUUACAUUCAAGAGGUCCCAAUCUCAGGGCAAACAGAACGCCCUAUGGUUUAAUCCGCGGGUGGACAAUCAGACAACUUUGCGAUUGCAGUUUCAACUUGACUUGGCAUCUGCCUUCAAAGAGGCCCUGGAGUCAACACUGAAUGGCUUUAACCUGGACACUGUCGAUGUAAUUUGCAAGAAAGUCCUGGUUGCCGCUGAGUUUGAUUCAGGACGGGGAGCAGUUGAACAGGGGGAGGUGGCAUUUUACGCCUCGUGUUCGGUGGCCCCCGGAGGUGGAACCCCAGUUAAAAUGGGUGCCGGGGUUGAAUUUCGUCAGGGUUCCAUCAAAAUCACGCUUCAGCUACCUAAAGAGAGUCUUCUUGAGACUAUGUUGGCAUGGCUGGGUCAAUUGAUCGAUUCGGAUACCACGGCUGCUGACAAGUUGCCCGGUCAGGACCGCCUUUUCCCAAACGUUCACGUUCGCCGGAUCAUCAUUGACCUCGAUGUUUUGGAAUCCAACCAGGAACUGCAAUUUAUAAUGACCGACUUUGAUAUCGAUAUAGAGGUUGAAGCCGGGUUCGGCAAGCAGGAAGGUCCUUCACCAGUAUUUCUUCUAUCGUACGGCUGGACUAGGGGGGGAGGAACGUGGGGUCAUUUUCGAGGGAAGCUCUGGACAGAUGUUGAUCCCGAGGAAAACGACAUUCUAAAUCCGCACUAUGAGAGGUGGAAAGGGUUGACGCCUGUCACAACAGUUCUAGCCAAGUCAAUUAAUUUGAAGACUAUUGUUCCCAACCAAAGCCUCGAAAAUAUCCCAGAUUUCAUCCCAACUAAUAUAACCCGUGCCUCUCUGUACCUAUCUCAGGGGACUCUGGCUAUCGGCGCAACGAUAUCCACGCAGGAGCCGAACGGUGACGUUCCACAUCCAUACCUGGGCCAACUAGCCCUAGACGCCGUAUAUAAUUGGGGCGAAAUAAGUGGAUUCAAAGUCACGCUAGGGACGAUGAUCAGUCUACAACAGAGCGAUCUAUCCAAUUCACACGGCCCGACUACGUUCAUGGCUGAGUUAGACUACGAUUCUGAAGAAAGAUCAUGGCAACUAAGAGGGUUCGUAGAGGGUCUCUACGCCAGUUCCCUAUAUGAGUUCUUCGAUAAUGACUCGGCCAAAAACGCCAUGCCUCUCAUCCAAUCAAUGGCAAUUGAAUAUUUGGAUGUGACCUACAAUUAUGCUGCGAGCCAGUCAUCCCGCCAUUCUUUGUCCAUAGAGGGGGGUCUACUGAUCGCAGGAAUCAAACUGGAGCUGAUAUACAAUUAUAGCAGUGGUAUUGAAUUUUCUGCCAAAACGGAAUUCCAUUCAUCUGAUGUGAAGAUUGGCACUGUCGUUGGUGAUAUAUUUGGUGAAACAUUGGCACUACCAGACUUUCUUGCAGAUAUCACAUUUACCGAUAAAUCGUCCAUUGAGAUCAGGCUUGAAAGGUCAAAGCUGGAUAACAAUGCAACAUCGAAUACCGGUGGGAACCGAAGAUCCCCCGUUCAAUGCUUCAAAUUGGUUGUUGAAAUUAAAAUCGGAGACCUCGAUGUGGUCUUUAUACGAUACCGCGAUGGAAGUUGGGAAAGUCGCAGUGGCUCUAAACAGUUUCUCAGAGUUGGUCUAAGGUCAUUGCCCCAGCUUCCUGAGAUUCCUCCCUUUGGCGAGUUCCACCACCCGUUCGAUGAGAUCUGUUACGUCUGGGUCAAUGACCCGGUCACAGAAUUAAAAGAGGCGCGGGGAUUGACACGAAAGGAAUUCCACCACUUGAAUGAGUCGUUGACAGAUAAACUGGUCGCGCGGGAUGAUUUCAAAGAAGAAAAGGAGUCUGACCUACUCGUUGGCGCUGGGUCGCAUUUCAUGGUUUUAAUCAACGAUUCGGUGGGGGGUCGAUCGUGUCUAUUAGACUACAACUUUCUCAAGGGAUCCACCAAGCGCGAGGAUGAAGUUAUGACCAUCCAGGAGAGAUCUAGUGCCCUUACUGCUUCGAUUCAGGCCGAUGAAAAGAGUGAGAAUGAACCUCCGGCUAAGGCACCACUUAAGAAAACAAUCGGACCCUUUUCGCUCCACAGUAUCGGUUUCAGAUAUCACGGGCAGGUUCUUGAAAUCAUGCUGGACGCAUCAGUCGUCCUGGGCCCUGUUGAGGCAUCGCUAGCGGGAUUUUCCAUCACUUUGAACGUGGAACGACUGGAUAAAAUCUCAUUUCGCUCCAUGGGGAUUGAUGGAAUGGCCGUCGCAUUUAACGAGCCUCCUAUUAACAUUGCUGGUGCAAUUCGGCACGGUCAUACCGCCAAUAUGGAUUACUACUCCGGGGCUGUUAUUGUGAGAUUCGACGAUUGGCUCUUCAAGGCAGCGGGAUUCUACGGUGAAGUGACAGCCAAAGAUCGUGAUUCAUUUAGCACCAUGUUCAUGUUUGCUCGGCUUGACGGACCGCUAUUACGUCUGUCGUUUGGUGAAAUCUCCGGUAUAGUGGCCGGCUUCGGGUACAAUUCCGAUGUUCGCACCCCAGCUGUUGAUGAGGUGCUCAAUUUUCCAUUGCUUGCAGAAAGAGACCAAGAGGAAGACUUGGGAGAAGAGACUACGGUAGAAAAACUCCAGCGAUGGAUAGACCCAACCCCCGGUGGUUGGUUCCAGGUCAAGGAGAAUGCCUAUUGGGCCGCAGCUGGGCUGAAGAUUAAUGCCUUCCGGAUGCUAUCCGUUGAUGCAGUGGUGUUUAUCAAUUUUGGAACAUCUGUUAGACUCGGUAUUUUUGGAGUGGCUACUGUAGAUAUCCCCUAUGAGACGGCCAAGAUGAAAUUCGCCCAUGUUGAGCUAGGGCUAGCGACCAUGGUUGAUUUCGACUACGGCACGGUGAAGGUUGAAGGUCAAUUAUUACCGACCUCAUUUAUUUUGCACCCAGAUUGCCAUCUCACAGGUGGAUUCGCUCUAUACUCGUGGUUCGAUGCACCACACGCAGACCCGAACCAGGUGGGUAACUUUGUCUUCACCAUGGGCGGGUAUCAUCGAGCCUUCACCCCCCCAGUGGGCUAUCCUCAGCCCCCUCGGUUGGCCAUCAGCUGGAGCUACAGUAGCGCGAUCAGCAUCACAGGCACGGCAUACUUUGCUAUUACGCCCAAGGUAUGCAUGGGCGGUGGAGAGCUACACAUUUCGUUUUCUUCUGGGCCGAUCAAAGCUUGGUUCGAUGCCUCGACCGACUUCCUGAUGAAUUACCAGCCAUUUUACUUCACUGCCGAGUCCCGCGUGAGUGUUGGAGUCAGCUAUACCAUCGACGCGUGGAUUGUGCAAAAGACUGUUUCUUGUGAGGUUGGCGCUGGCCUUGCUCUAUGGGGUCCUCCUAUGGCUGGUCGUCUUCAUGUGGAGAUUUGGAUCGUAUCAUUUGACAUAAAUUUUGGCGAUAGCCCUUCGAAACCCAAGCCACUCGAUCUUCUUUCUUUCUAUGGAUUGGUGCUGGAGAGGGGAAAUGAGGCAUUGCAGGGUUUGGAUCGACCUCUUAAUGAAGCUCAUACUUUCCUCGCGCAGUCAGGAUUACUGGCUGAUGAUGCUAGUGGGCGAUGGACGGUCCGAGCAGGAAUAUUCUCUAUGCGUAUCUCGUGUAAAAUGCCCAUCGGCAAAGUUACAUUGGCAGAAAAGUCAGUCGAACAUAAUACUCAGAUUCACGCCAAGCCAAUGCAGCUCGACAACGAGAUACACUCACAUAUGACAGUUUGCGUCAAACAAGGUGAAAAUGAAUCACGAAACUGGACAAUAAAAGCCAAGACCCAGCCGCUCCCAACGGCAUUGUGGGGGAAAUAUGACGAGAAACUCGACCCAUCAUAUAACAGGCAUACCACUGAUACACUCCUCAAUCCCUCGGGUGGCACCACGUCCCUCAUGGUAGGCAUCUCAUUAACUGUCCCACCCCCGCAAAAGUCAGAGGACAGGCUAGGCGUGAUCCCCACAGCAAGCAAAGCCAUUGAAAGAAUAGACUCUGCAAGCACAUUUCCACCACUUGAACAAGCCAAUCCAUAUUGGGCGCCAGAUGAUACUCGAGGGGAUGAUCCGUGGGCUGCGGUACAGGGUCUCUGGGCAGAGCCUCGAUUCGGGGAGAAAGGACGAUCUGGGUUUGUGGACCGAUGGGCAGAGGCUUUUAGAUGGAAUGAGGGCUCGAUGAGAGGCUUGUCUGGAUUUCCGAAACGGUUGCGGAGGAAUUUUAAGAAUUUGUAUGUGGCAGCGCCUGCUGUUGCGAAAUAG